AUGGCACCUCGUCCAAACGAAUGGACACAGAUGCAACAGUUCCUGGAAGACUUUCAGGAAAAUUUUCAAGAUAAUAUGAGAAGAACAAUGGCUGAAGCAAUUCAGACCGGAGUCCAGGCAGGAGUACAAGCAGCUUUCGCCGCCAAUGCGGCAAACGCAGCUCAAGCAGCUCCACGCCAACGUCAAAACCGCCACCAUAAUCCUAUUUUCGAAGAACACCACGACGAUUCUGAUGAUGAUAAUCCGUUCGAAAACAACGACAACGACGACAACCCUAAUCACGAUCGUGCGCAACGACGUAGGAAUGAAAACGGAAAUCGAUGGACGUCGGGUAUCAAGAUGGAAGUUCCAGAGUUUCAUGGAGGUUCUCAACCAGAAGAUCUACUUGAUUGGUUUGUUGCGGUCGAUGAGUUCCUCGAAUUCAAAGAUGUACCAACCAACAAACAAGUACCUUAUGUGACAACUCGAUUCCGCGGUCACGCCGCAUCUUGGUGGAAUCAAUUAAAAAUAUCACGCACUCGCCGUGGUAAAGAGAAGAUUGUCUCAUGGGAUAAACUUAAGAAACACUUACGCAAAACGUUCAUUCCAUAUAACUUUGAGCGUCUGCUGUUUCAAAAGUUCCACAACAUUCGCCAAGGCACGCGUUCUGUGGACGACUACGCGAACGAGUUUUAUCAGAUGCUGACUCGUGUGGACAUUCAAGACUCAGAAGAUCAGCUUGUAGCUCGCUUUAUCGCAGGUCUACGGCAACAAUUGCAGACCAUGUUACACCAGUUUGAUCCUUCGUCCGUGGCAGAAGCUAGACAACGAGCAUUGUUGGUAGAGCAACAAACAAAAUUCACGACAAAUUCAUGGACCGGAAACAAUCGGCAGCGCAACAAUACGACCACCGAUGACAACAAAACAACCGCAGGGACGGAAUCAGGAACACGCGGAAAUAAUCGUACAACAGAAGCCGCUACAAACGCCCCUGAUACACGCCCUCCAGCACGCACUAGCGCGUUACGAUGUUUCACAUGUGGGGAAAACGGCCAUCGACAAACCGCUUGUCCCAAUAACGGUCGUAGAGGUUUAUUAGCGAAUGACAGAGAAAUCAUCGGUGAGCCUAUUUACGAUACGGACGAUGAUCAAAACAAUGAUGUUGAAGAAGAACAGGUUCAGGGAGAUACGGGCACUUUCCUCAUGAUUCGGCGAAAUUGUUUCGCUCCUAAGACUGACGAAGCCGUACAACGAACCGCACUGUUUAGCUCGACCUGUACAGUCAAAGGGAAGAUAUGUCGCUUUGUUAUUGAUUCGGGAUGUUCGGCUAAUGUAGUGUCCGAGGAAGCAGUACGCAAGCUUUCUCUAACAAGGGAAGCACACCCACAUCCUUAUCGACUUUUAUGGAUGCAAACAGGCUCCGAGGUCUACGUCUCUCAUCGCACAUUGAUUUCACUGUCCAUUGGUACUUUCUACAAAGAUACCAUGUACUGCGAUAUUGCUCCAAUGGAUGUCUCUCACAUCAUUCUCGGGAGACCCUGGCAGUACGACAGAGAAGUAGUUCACAAUGGCAAGUUAAACACACACUCCUUUAUGUUCCAAGGACGAAAGAUCACCUUACUUCCGUCCCCGGAGACAGAUCCAGCGAUCGUCAAACCCACACAGCAAAACUCAGGACAGCAAAACUUACUGAUCAUCUCCAAAGCCCAGUUUGAGCAAGAAUUACGAGCAACAUCUCCUUUCUAUGCUCUGGUCAUCCGCGCUCCGUCAACACCACAACAACUAUCUUGGCCGCCGGCCUUUGGUCCACUUUUAGAUGAGUUCUUGGAUCUUUUCCCGGAUGAGCUUCCAUCAGGACUUCCACCACUCCGUGAUAUUCAACAUCACAUAGACCUCCAACCAAAUUCGACAUUACCAAAUCGUGCGCAUUACCGAAUGAGCCCCGAGGAACACGAGGAACUCCGCAGACAGGUGGAAGAACUAUUAGUUAAAGGCUACGUCCGCGAAAGCUUAAGUCCGUGUGCCGUACCAGCACUCCUUAUACCAAAAAAAGACCGUUCAUGGCGUAUGUGCGUUGAUAGCCGGGCGAUAAACAAAAUUACUACUCGCUAUAGGUUCCCAAUUCCUCGUCUGGAUGAUCUCCUUGAUCAAAUCGGAAAAGCCUCAAUUUUUUCGAAACUUGAUCUCAAAAGCGGGUAUCAUCAAAUUCGUAUUCGUCCUGGGGAUGAGUGGAAAACUGCCUUCAAAACUAGGGAAGGCCUUUUUGAAUGGCUUGUCAUGCCGUUCGGAUUAUCUAAUGCUCCUAGCACGUUCAUGAGAGUUAUGAACCAAGCCCUCCGACCCUUUAUUGGGCGAUUUGUCGUCGUAUACUUCGACGAUAUAUUGAUAUUCAGUACAUGCUUGGAGGAUCACUUAGUUCACCUACGCAAUGUUCUCCUUGCGUUACGAAAAGAAAAGCUUUAUAUAGCCAAACAAAAUGUGAGUUUGGGACGUCUAGCGUGCUCUUCUUGGGCUAUGUCGUCUCCGCUGCAGGUCUGCAAGUCGACCCGGACAAAGUUGCGGCUGUUGCUACCUGGCCGACACCUACAACGAUCACAGAAGUCCGUAGUUUCCAUGGUCUAG